AAGAGGUCCUUCUUGUCCUGAGUCGCUCCUCCAGCCGUUAGACAGACCCCGACCACCGGGUGAAGGAAAAAAACACGCAGAUUAACAGUAAAAUCUGCGGAAGAGCCGCGUGAGUCCGGAGCUAUGAUGAGCGGAAGGAGCAGCGCGUUAGCGGCGGGUCUGUGCGGAGCUCUGCUCCUCGGUUACUGCGUCUACUUCGACAGGAAGAGACGGAGUGACCCCAACUUCAAGAACAGGCUGCGAGAACGGAGGAGGAAGCAGCGGGUGGCGAAGGAGAGGGCAGGGAUGGCCAAGCUUCCGGACCUGAAGGACGCUGAGGCUGUUCAGAAGUUCUUCCUGGAGGAGAUCCAGCUCGGGGAGGAGCUGCUGGCUCAAGGAGACUACGAGAAAGGCGUGGACCACCUGACCAACGCCAUCGCGGUGUGUGGUCAACCUCAGCAGCUGCUGCAGGUCCUGCAGCAGACCCUGCCCCCCCCCGUCUUCCAGAUGUUGCUCACCAAACUACCCAGCAUCAGUCAGCGUAUCGUGAGCGCACAGAGUCUGAGCGAAGACGAUAUAGAGUAAAGACGAGGUGAAGACGAAGCAAACCUCCUCCUCCUCCUCCUCCUCCACCAAGGCGUCCUAAAUUUAUUCUCCUCUUUAAUUCCUGGGUUAAUUUUGCAUCAGUUUGUCUGUUUGUUGUCUUUUUUAACUUGUGUUACCCGUUCUUCACGUGUUGGAAUCCGAAGCGUCUUGUUGGUUGAAGCUGCAUCAGAUUCUGGGUUUACACACUCUCCACGUCUUCAUAUCAGUAGAAACGCUUCAUGGAGUAUUUAUUGUUUUCUUAUCAGUCUAGACUUGGAAAACACUUUUAUUGAAAAGUGAUUCUCGAUUAUUUUUUGUUCAUUUUAAAGAGGAUGAACCCUCUUGAGAUAAAUAAAUAAAAGUGAACCCAUCA